AUGAAUAAUUAUAAAAAUAAUAAUGGUAAUGGAGAAAUAUUAUUUUGGUCAAUAUGGAGAAAUAUUUUUUUAAAGAGAAUUAUAUUAAAUAAUUUUUUAAAUAAAAACAAAAGAAUUGGUAGUUCAUAUAGAUACAAUCAAUGUAUUUCAAUUCUUUGGAUGUUAAAAAAUGGUUAUAUAAAUUUACUAAGUGAUAAAAUCAAUAAUUCAGAAUAUUUAGUAUUCCCAUUCACAACAGAUUAUACAAGUCUUUAUAGGAGUAGUAAUAAAUUUAAUAUUAUUAAUAAUGUAAUCACAUCAUCACCAUCAACAUCAUCAACAUCAUCAACAACCACAACCACAACCACUACCACCUCCGCAAAAUUUAAAGAUCAAAACAAACCAAAUGACAUUGAAUAUUAUGGUGAUGAUAAUGAACUUAAUCAAAUUAUGAAUUUAAUUACAAUUGAACAAUCUUCAAAAUAUUCAUUAUUUAAUAUUGAAUUAAUUUCAAAUAAAAUUAUUAAUAAUGGUGAUAAUAAUAAUAAUAAUAAUAAUAAUAAUAAUAAUAAUAAUUAUAGAAUUUUAAAAUUUUAUGAAAAUUUAUUUGAAAAUUAUAAAUCAUAUUUCUUUUUCUCAACUAUACAACAACAACCAAAGUUAAUAAUUAAAAAAUUUUUAAUAAAUUUAAUAAUUCAACAUGAUAAUAAGAUUGCAUUGAAAGUUUUAAUGAAUAGUUAUAAUUAUAAACCGAAAAUAGAUCAAUUAUUAAAUUCAAUUAAUUUAUGUAAUUUUAAAAUUGCAAAUUAUUUAAUUAAAUAUCAUUUUAAAAAUAUUGAUAAUAAUAAUAAUUAUAAACUAGAUUCAAUUAUUAUUAGAUCAAAAAUUGGAAUAUUAUCAGAACCCUUAUUUAAUUUAUACAAAACAUGUUGUAUAAUUGAAAAAAUUUAUAAUCAAACAAAUUUAUUAAAUUCAUUUAUAAAUGAUAUUAAUGAAAAAAUUGAAAAAUAUAAUAAUAACAAUAACAAUAUUGUUGAAAAUAAAGAUUUUAUUGAAAAGAUAUCAAGUGUUUUAAAAAAUAUUGAAAUUUUAACAGAGAUUGAAUUAAAGCAAAUGAAAUUCACAGAAAUUGAAUACAAAUCAAUAGUAUCAUCAUUCCCAAUAAAUGAUUUAAGGGUUAAAAAAUUAAUUAGAAUGAUAUUACCAUUUAAUUGUAAUUUAAUUAAUACAAUCUCAUUUUAUCAUUUAAAAUAUAAUGGUGAUGAUAAUGAUUUAAUUAAUCAAUUAAUAUCAAAAUAUAAAAUGAUUGAUUUAGAUAUACCGUUGUUUAGAUUUGGUAUUUUUGAUAUUAAAUCCUUUGAAACCAUAUCAAUUAAUCAAUCAAUUUUUCAAAAUCUAAGUAAAAACGAUGAUAAUAAUAAUAAUAUUAUUGAUAAAAAUAGAAAAAUUAAAUUUAUUAAUCAGUCAAUUAAAUAUUUAAAAUUAAAAAAUCAAUGUGGUAAUCAUUUAUUUAAUAUUUUAAUUGGUUAUAAUGAUUUAAAAUUAAUAAAAUCAUUUUAUAAUAAUUUUUAUGAAAAUGAAAAUGAAAAUGAAAUUAUAAAUAAAAUUAAUUUUAAAGAAUUAGUUAAAUUUAUUAAAUCAAAUUAUGUAUUUGAAUUUAUAUUUUUAAAAAUGAUUUUAAUAAUUAAAGAAAAUAAUGAAAUUAAAGAAAUUUUAUCAACACUUUUAGAGUUUUCAUUUACUAAUGGUAAUUUAGAAUUGGUAGAUUUUAUUAUUAGACAAAAACUACAACAACAGCAACAACAACAUUAUUAUAAUAAUCUAUAUUUCAAUAAUAAUGAAUUGAUUGAAAUUAUGAAAAAGGCAAUUUCAAAACUUAAUCAAAUCCCAUUCAAAAUUUUUAAUUAUUAUUUAGAAUUAUUAAAAUUAUCAAAUAAUAAUAGUAAUAAUAAUAAUGAUAAUAAUGAUAAUGAUAUGGUACAGCAUAUAUUUAAUAAAAUUAAUUUAAAAAAUUUAAAAGAAUUUAAAUUAUUUUUAAUUAAUAUAAUACCAUUACAACAAUUUAAUGAACAACAAAUUGUAAAACAUUGGAUUGUUAAAAGAAUUCAAUGUGAAACUAAUAUAAUAACAAUUCAAAAAAGAUUAUCAUUUAUAAAUUGGUAUUAUAAUUCAUUUUCUUAUUUUAAUGAAAAUAAUAAUGAUUCAUUUGAAUUUAAUUUAUUUCAAUAUAUAAAUGAAUAUAUAUCAAUUGAUUCAUCAUCUUUUCAAAUUAAACUUUUAAAAUUUGUUGGUUUAUUUGGUAAUUUAAAUAAUAAUAAUAAUAAUAAUAAUAAUAAUAAUAAUAAUAAUAAUAAUAAUAAUAAUAAUAAUAAUAAUAAUAAUAAUAAUAAUAAUAAUAAUAAUAAUAAUAAUAAUAAUAAAAAAGAAAAUAAUUUAUUUCCAAAUAAUUUAUCAAGUGAAACUAUAUUUAAAGGUUUUUGUAAAUCAGCUACUAAAUAUGGUAAUAUUGAAGUUUUCAAAUAUUUUCAUCAACUAAAUCCAACAUUUAAUUACACUAAAACCAUAUCAAAUGUAAUGAUUAAUGAUUUAAUAUCUUUAGCUUUAAAAUUUAAUAAUUUAAAACUUUUAUUUUAUUUUAAAGAUGUUUUAAAAUUACCAAUUAGAAAUAAUAAUCAUAUUAAAGUAAUUAAUAAAUUAAUAAAAAAUUAA